AUGGGAGAUGUAGAUUUGACCGGCAAUGGCAUCGUCAGCCUCGAUUAUGACUCUCGGGGUUACAUGUCUGCCCAGACUUGGUCCGUGACGGUGGACCAUCGACCGACUCAGCAGCACCACCAUCACCAGUACCAUCAGCAUCAACACAACCACAAUCAUCACCGUUCCGAUGGCAGUAGAGAUAUCUCACCCUUACAAACCAGCGGUCACGGCUUCGACACUACCACCAUAGCUCAUGACCCUAAUUUCAUCAGCGACUGGCAGUUUCAAAAUAUACCGGCCCACCACCUACCCUAUUCACAAGCUGAGACCUCGUCUGCUUCCCAGUUCAGCUCCAGCUACACCAUUUCCCUCCAGGCUUCUCCAAUCGGUCUCAUGCCCAGUGCUACCCAGGCCCAACUAGACUCCAGCCUGCUGGACGCUUCCUAUCAGAUGCCUUUCUCCGCACCCCCAGGAGAUCUGAUGCCCUUCAGCUUCCACGACCUUCACACGGAUCUUAUGCCAUUUCCCACCAUGGAUGGACUGCCAGAAUUGCCUUAUACUUCCCAAAGUAUCCCUGGUAGCAGUUCUCCAACAGACACUUUCUUGGAAGUGCGCUCUUUAACCAGCGCAAGCAGCGAUAAUGGCUGGACAGCCAUCGAACAUCGCCGCUCUGUCGACUCGCCCUAUCAUGAACAAGGCUUUUUUAUCAAUCCCAACCAGACUCUUCAUAAUAGAAGUUUGUCUGACUCGUCGUAUUCCGAUUUGGAUCCUCACAACCCAAGAAAUUCCUUUGGUAGUUUUACGACAGACCUUUCGCACCCGAUCAUCAAUUCCCCAAGUUCCGAAUCGAACCUUGAGGUGGAGUAUAACGCCAUUAAUCGUAGAUUGUCAUGUGACCAGCGCUCUCAUGGUACAUCUUCUCCGGUUGCCGUGAGUCCCGUCGCAAUCCUAAGGCCCAUACCAGUCAAGGAAGUUUCAUCCCCAACCCGAUCUCCAACGUCACAGAAAUCGUCUUCUCCACCAAAUAGAAAAUCAUCCCGCAAGAGUCCCAUUGCUGCGAAGACCUCAGAGACUAAAGUGCGAAAACAGUCUCAAUCUGGAAAACCCGAGACCGAGAAGCGCGUGGGAAAGCGAAAGGGUCCACUUAAGCCUGACCAGCGGAAACAGGCCAGUGAGAUACGUAAACUGCGGGCAUGUCUGCGAUGCAAGUUCCUCAAGAAGACGUGUGACAAAGGAGAGCCGUGUGCAGGAUGUCAGCCAUCGCACGCCAGGCUUUGGCAAGUUCCUUGUACUCGCAUCGAUAUUAAAGAAAUCGGCUACUUCACGAAGGACUGGAAGGCCGAUUAUGAACGUCACGUCACCCUAGGUUUCUCAGUGGGCAACAUCAAAGGCUUUUCCGAUGUCGAGCGCACGCUCUUCGUUACCCAUGGAUACGGCCAAAUCCUUCCCGUAACCGCUCGCGAAGUCUAUGUUCGCGAUGAGCAGUGUUUCAAUGUUGAUUGGGUGGAAUCAAUGCAGCGGGACCCUAACCAUUUCGAGCUCGCUACCGCAAAACUGUCUGCUGGAAUGGAAGGAAUCACUCCUGCAAUGCUUUCGGAUUACCUUGAUAGACACAUUGAUGGGAACGGUAGUUUCGAAAAAUUCGUAGAUGACUACUUUACGGGGACGCCAUUCUUAACGCAAAUGCUCAAGAGUGCGUUCCGAUAUUAUUUCCGAACAAAGCUUUCCGUCAUCCGAAAGGCGCUAAAGCUUAUUCUCGCAUACAAUCUCACGCUGCAUGUUACGAUGGUCGAGGGCCUAGGCGAGCUCGAGGAGUUUACUGGUAGGGUUGAAGAUGAGACUUCAAGAUACAAUGGGAAAGUCAUGGCACCCGUUAUGAUUAAUUUCCAGAUAAAGUGUGGCUUGGCUACGAUUUGGCGCGACUUGCAAAAGGAUGUGCUUGAGGAAUUAUCAGCUCUCUACUCCAGCGUUUACAGUGGUGACAAGCUAAAAAACUGGCCAACUAUUUUCCUCCUCGCCUCUAUUUUGCUUGCGGUGUGGGAGGAGAUGCAGUUUGAUUGUCACUAUCGUGUUCCCGAUGCUGCUGCUGUUGACAAAUUCUGCACCGAUAUGGAAACCACCCCGGUUGGAGUGAUCGUCGGUCUCUUCCAAGCAAUCUCUCAGAAAUUGCCCGCGUUCACCGAAUGGGAUUCCCACAAGCAUCACCACCUCCUUGGCUCAAACGCCGAUGUCUGUAAUACAAUGACAGAAGUUCGUCAGCAUGUUACUCAAUACGAGUCCUAUCUCCGCGGACGCAGCAAAUCUACCUUCGACCGGAACGACUUUGACUGUUUAUCCAACAAAUUUAUAUCAAGACUCGUUAUCCGAUCGAACUAG